CCCACUGAGUGGUAAAAGACAGAGCGGCUGAGUUUGAGUAUAGUGUGAAAUCGGCGAAAACACGGGGGAAACGCGUCUAAAUGGGAAACAGCGGUUGUGCGAUAGACUGUACUAAGUUACCAGACUAACAAGAAUUCCGAGCUAUCGUUUAACAAAAUGCCAAAAACACCGAAAGGAGAAGUAAAUAGAUCGUUCAUUCCAACGUCCACUGACUACAGCAGCUGCUGUGAAAACUAGCCAUUUUGUUGAACGUUUGCCACUCAUUAAGGCAAGUACGGCGUGGUCACGUGGAAAAGUGACGUCAAGGCAUAGUAGUACUGGAAAUGUGCCUUCAUUUAUGCUGGAUGACUUUAAGGACUACUAUUGUCAUAUUAGCACACAGUCUCUUACUGUCCAGGGUGAAUUCUCAGCAGGUUCCUGUGGAGAAGAUUGUAGCUCCUCCAGGUUCAAAUGUCACACUCAGCUGCUCUUUUCCUGUGAAACCAAAUAUGGAUUUUGAAAGUUUGGUCAUAAACUGGCAGCGUGGUGAUAAAGUGGUGCACAGCUUCUAUCAUCGCAGUGAUCAGCUUGACAAUCAGAAUGAAGUUUACAAAGGAAGGACGUCUCUCUUUAAUGACCAACUACAGACAGGGAAUGCAUCACUAAUGUUAAAUGACAUUCAGCCAGAACAUGAUGGAGACUACAAGUGUUCAGUCACAUGUAACAAUGGUCCUUAUGGACAGAAGGUACAGCUACUUGUAGCAGCUCCAUAUGAUGAACCAGAAAUUGCUGUCCAGUAUCUUUGUAAGAACAUCACCGUCAGUCUUUCAUCUUCUCAUGGCUUCCCUGAACCUGAUGUGACUUGGUUUGCACCUAUUGGAGAUGAAGUUAAAACACUAACACUUGACAGCAGGGGUCGCUAUAGACUGCAGAGUAACAUAACCUUGAAUCUGACCUCUACAGUAACUGUGAGAGUAGAGAUGAGUCUGGAUGUACUGUCACAAAAGUUCAGCAAGGCACUUACACUUCAUCCUCAACCAGAACGCUGUGAAAAUGAAACUCCCCACUGCAGGAUUGGGUUUUGUAUAUGUGUAUCUGUAGUGCUGAUUAUUCCUGCACUUAUAAUCGUAUACAGCGUUUGCCAAAGAAAUUGACUGUGGUGCUGAUGACGCCACAUCCAAUUAGCAUAUUUUUGACGUCAUCAUGCA